UGUUGUUUUGGCUUUUUAUUUUCACUUUACGAAAAGAUUUUGUGGCUGAGAAGGCCAAGAUAAAAAUCUCCCAUGAUCCCAUGUAAGCUUGAUUUACUCUCAAGAUGGCGACAGCUUCGAGAGCUAUCCAAGCGAUUCGCAAUUUUCUAAUCGGCAAAAGACUCACAGUUUCUUCUCGUUAUGCUUACGAACAAUCUGCAAGAACACAGCCAAGUCCCAACAUCCCAGAUGGUCCAGCUCACAAACUUAGUCACAAUUACUACUGUGACAGAGAUCUGCGUCGAGCUUCAAUGCCACCAGUUAUAUUGUAUGGCCAGCAGAAGCUGUUAGAAGAGGCUACAGAGAAAGGUGGAGAAGGAGUCAAAUCACUAGCUGCAAAAACUCCAGGAAAAGUGUUCAAUCCAGAUCAGUGACUGCUUGUGAAAAAAAAAACUAUCACAACUGAUAAACAUUUAUUUGUAUUCAAAAAUUACUUCUUUUUCUUUGAACUCAUGAUUUUCCUCUGAACUACCAACAGUAAUUUAUCAGAAAUAAAUAAGCCCAAUAUUUUUUUGCUGGGCAAAGUCAGCACUAUAUGGUUUCCACAGUUAUAAGAACAAUGGCUGAUACUAUUUGUAGCAGUUUGGUUUGUGAGUGUCUUUUUGCAAAAUUAUGGAUUUUAAAGAGCAUGGAUCAAACCUUUUCAAACUGGUUGACAUUAAGUUUGUUGAAAAUAUUACUUUCUGGAGGUGUUGAGUCUUAACAUCCAUGGAAUUUUUGUGUUAAAAAAUUAUAUGCAAUGUUUUAUAGGGGUUAAUUUCAGAGUUAACCCUUUAAUCCCAAAGAGUGACUAGCAUCUAAUUUCUCCUUACAAUAUUACUCCUGAAUUACACAUUAAGGUCAUGAGAAUAAAGGAAAUGGUCACCAGGGAAGGAAUGUUUUGAUUGGCAAACAAAUUCUCCUUGUCAGCACCUUAGGAAAUGUAUAAAGAACAUUGUGGAGAAUAUGCAUACUGAUGUUACAGUGAAAAGGGUUAAGUCUGAAUGUGAUGGGGUAUCUUGAAUUCUGUUGUGUACAUAGUGUAAUCUAAAAGAAUAAAGGUGAUUUCUCAUGAA